UUAGUAUCCCGGCACUAACGGCGCGCGCGCACGGGAUUCAGGCGCAGCGCGCUCGGGGCCAUGGCGGUCUCCGUACUGUGGUUAGUAGCUGCGCUGGCGCCGCUGGGAGUAAUCACACAAGAUGAUGGAUAUGCGGAAUGGAAUAACGUCGAUUCUCAAUGGCCGCCUAGAGAAUGGAACCCUCCGCCACCGCCCGCCGAAGUUCCACGCUCAUACAACACGUACGGCUUGUCGCAGCGGCCCGACGUGCCGCCUGCGCCCUCGCGACCACCGCCAAGUCCGGGGCUGAACUUCGCCGUCUACGACCCGGUCACCAGGCAACGCACCACAGCAUUUGACCGCAACUGCACCGCACCUGGAUGUUGCGUUCCGAAAUGUUUCGCUGAAAAGGGUUAUCGAGGUUUCCCAGGUGUUCCAGGCCCGCAAGGUGAGAGAGGCAUGCCCGGUCAUGAAGGAAUAGAGGGACCACAAGGACCUAAAGGUGAAAAGGGGCAAAUUGGGCCACAAGGUCCACGAGGUCCGAAAGGAGAACGAGGAAAACCUGGUGCUCAAGGUUUUGUUGGUCCGGUUGGGAAACAAGGUGUUCAAGGAGAGUCUGGUUUGCCUGGUAUUCCUGGUAGAGAUGGCUGUAACGGUACUGAUGGAGAGCCUGGUGCACCUGGUCCCAAAGGAUCACAAGGGCCUCGCGGUUUUAAUGGACCAAAAGGUGAAAAAGGUGGUAAAGGUGAACCAGGUUAUACAGGACGGUAUCCUAAAGGACAGAAAGGUGAACCCGGAGCUGAUGGAAUGCAGGGCAGACAGGGAGCAGUUGGUCCUUCUGGGCCUCCUGGAUUGCAAGGGCCGAAAGGAAACACAGGACCUGUGGGUCCGGCUGGCUUUAAAGGUGACAAAGGAGCUAAAGGAUCUAAAGGUUUAUCAAUAAAGGGAGAUAAAGGAGACCGGGGAGAUCGAGGUGACAGAGGGGCUUCAUGUCCUGAUAUCACAUUGCCUGUUGCGACGGAUUCUAAAGGUGUCAUACGAGGAAGUCCGGGAGAUAUGGGUGAAAAGGGUUCUAAAGGAGAGCCAGGCAUUAUGGGUGAAAAGGGUGACACAGGAGCAAUGGGUGAAAUGGGUAUACCAGGUCUAGUAGGCAUGAAAGGAGAAAAAGGCAUAAGAGGAAAUCCUGGAGAACGUGGUCGUGAUGGUAUGUAUGGAGCUCCUGGCCCAAUGGGACAGAAAGGAGAUCGUGGCUCUGAAGGGUUGCCUGGACUUCCUGGUCGUCCAGGUAGUAAAGGAGAACCUGGUAGAGAUGGACAAACGGGACCGAGAGGAUUGAAAGGUAUACCUGGUCCAGCUGGAGGUCGCAGUGGAUCUCGCGGCCCACCAGGUCCCAUGGGACCUAGAGGCUAUCCUGGCCCUGGUGGACCUAAGGGCACUGAUGGUAGGCCUGGAGAUAUGGGAGAAGCUGGGCCAAUGGGUGCACCAGGAGGUCAAGGAGAACCAGGUUCGCCCGGUAUUGAAGGUCCAGCUGGCCACAAAGGAGAAAAAGGAGAACCUGGUCUAGAUGGUCUAAUGGGUGACAUAGGUCCUCGAGGAUACGACGGUCCAGUUGGACCUCAAGGCCCAAGAGGGCCGAAAGGCGAUGAUGGUUACUCAAUUCCUGGUCAAAAAGGAGAUGGCGGUAUACCUGGUCUGCACGGUGAAAAGGGGCAAAAAGGAGAAAGAGGACACACUGGAGCGAGAGGAAUACCUGGAAAUUCCACACUAGGAAUACCCGGGCCUCCGGGUGAGAUGGGUGCCCCUGGUGAAAGGGGUGAGAAAGGUAGCCCAGGUUUAGAUGGUUUACCUGGAAACCCAGGACAAAAGGGAGACAUAGGUGGACGUUGUAAUGAGUGCUGGCCAGGCGGCCCUGGCGCCAAAGGAGAUCGUGGAAAUAAUGGUUUCCCAGGUGCACCUGGAGAAAGAGGGCCUACUGGCCCCAAUGGUACACCGGGUGAAAGAGGAGCAGACGGACUUAACGGUUUCCCGGGAACACCUGGAGCACCGGGUGAACGUGGUGAUGAUGGACCUAUUGGACCACCGGGAGAACCGGGUAGAGAUGCUACUAUACCACUAGAUUUAACAAGAGGGCCCAAAGGUGAAAAGGGAUCGCAAGGACCUAUAGGUUUGACAGGUCCUAAAGGUGACAGGGGUCCACAGGGUCUCAAAGGUGAUAUUGGACCUAUCGGUAUGCCUGGAACUAAAGGUGAUCAAGGAGACUCGGGACCACCUGGAGCCGACGGCAUCCCCGGUAGCGAUGGGUUCCCAGGUUUACCAGGAAUCAAGGGAACUAGUGUCAAGGGAGAAAAAGGAACACCUGGUGACCGGGGGUACAAAGGAGAUAAAGGAUUCCCAGGACGUCCGGGAACCAGAGGCGAACCAGGUCACUGUGCAGCUAAUUUGGAAGAACUUACUAGAGGAGACCCAGGUCCAAGAGGAGAUCCGGGUGCACAAGGACCACCAGGUGAACCUGGCGAAAAAGGAGAUAAGGGUGGAGAUGGACGUCCUGGUGAAAAGGGAGAAAUUGGUCUUCCAGGUAGAACCGGGCCUGUCGGCCCUCGUGGUCUUCCAGGACCGAGAGGAGAGAAAGGAGAUAUGGGUCCGAUAGGUUUUCCUGGGGCUCCAGGUCUUACUGGCGCUAGGGGCUUCCCAGGAGUACCAGGAACUAAAGGAGAUAAGGGUGAAAUAGGUCCUUCGAUGCCUGGACCUCAAGGCCCUCCUGGAUUAUCUGGUCUUAAAGGAGAACAAGGCCCAAGAGGAUUCCCUGGUACACCUGGUGAUGACGGUCCGCCUGGACCCAUUGGAUUGAUUGGAGAGAAAGGUGAUAGAGGUUUUACGGGUCGUGUUGGUCAGCCGGGGCCUUUUGGACAAAAGGGAGAACCGGGACCGGCAGGACCACCUGGCUUACCUGGAACACCAGGAUUUCCCGGAAAGGAUGGCGCUAAAGGUCAACCAGGUUAUCCUGGACUUCAAGGAAAACCGGGUGUCAUUGGGUUGCCUGGUCUAAAAGGAGAACCGGGAAUAUUAGGCCGCGAGGGGCCUAAAGGAUUACCGGGCAUGCGUGGCAGACCAGGAAUACGUGGAACACCAGGCGUUGCCGGAAUACCAGGGGAAAAGGGAGAUAAAGGUGACAUUGGAUUACAAGGACUGCCAGGCCAAGCAGGACUUGAUGGACCGCCUGGUCCUAUAGGUGCGCCAGGACUUAAGGGAGAUCAAGGAUACCCAGGACCACCAGGCUCAACAGGGAGAACAGGUUUAACCGGAGAAAAAGGAGAUAGAGGUUUCCAAGGACUCGCAGGUCUUAAGGGUGAACCUGGAUUAGCAUCUGAUAAAGGAGAGAAAGGUGAACCAGGUAUACCAGGCAGAAGUGGACUAGAUGGUUUACCAGGAGAAAGAGGUGAUAAAGGAGAACGUGGUGAUACUGGUUUACCUGGAUUCGGGCUGCCAGGCCCUGUCGGGCAAAAAGGUGACAGUGGCAGGCCAGGUAGAGAUGGUUAUCCAGGACCAGCUGGUCCUAAAGGAGAUGCAGGUCUUUCGGGACUUCCCGGCUUGAAAGGAGACAGGGGGCUCCCUGGUAUUAAUGGACAACCUGGAUCACCAGGAAUGGAUGGUUUGCCAGGAGAGAAAGGAGAUGUUGGCUUAGAUGGCUACACAGGCGAAAAGGGUGACAAAGGUGAUUCUGGAACACCCGGUCAAGAUGGAUUCGAUGGCCUUAAAGGAGAUCGUGGUCCACAAGGACCCCCCGGAUUAACAGGGCCGAUUGGUUAUCCUGGUCCAAAGGGUGAUAUAGGUCCCCCUGGUCCGUCGCUAAAUGUCAAAGGAGAAAAGGGUGACAUUGGUUAUCAAGGAAUACCAGGUGCCAAAGGUGCCAAAGGAGAAAGAGGAUUAAUGGGAGAGCGUGGCAUGGAAGGUCAAAAAGGAGAACGUGGAUUUACAGGCCAGAAAGGUGAAAGGGGAUUAAAUGGUUAUCCAGGAGAAAAAGGAGACAGAGGCCCCGCUGGACCCGAAGGUAUGCCUGGAUUGACAAUAGUUGGUGAAAAGGGAUUACCUGGUCUUAACGGUAAACACGGGCGUCCGGGUGCACCUGGUAUCCCUGGAGAAAAGGGAGACCAAGGCUUCCCUGGACUGCCAGGACCAACUGGUGUAGCUGGUUUGAAUGGACGACCUGGACCACAAGGUGAAAAGGGUGACCAAGGGCGAGAAGGCUUAGCAGGACCUCCAGGAUUCGAUGGACAGCCAGGUUAUCCUGGGCCUAAGGGUAUAAUGGGUGUUAAAGGAGAUAAGGGAGAACGGGGUCUUACAGGAUAUGGUUUGCCAGGUGAAAAGGGUGAUCAAGGUCUACAAGGUUUACCAGGUGCUCAGGGUCAAAAAGGUGAUAAGGGUGAUCGUGGUUUAGAUGGUCUUCAUGGACAGCCAGGACCAAUUGGCGUGCCCGGCGAAAAGGGUAAUCAGGGAUAUCCAGGUCCUAGCGGUUUUACAGGACAACAGGGUAAUAAGGGUCAAAAAGGAGAACCUGCUUCUAUAGUUUUUGGCCCGAAAGGAGAACCUGGACCACGUGGUCCACCUGGGCUGAACGGAUUGCCUGGACGAGAUGGGUCUCCGGGCGGACCCGGUUUAGAUGGAAUACCUGGAGAAAAGGGUGAUCGCGGAUAUCCCGGUCCUAUGGGACCAGCAGGCCCGCCUGGACCUCAAGGUCUCCAAGGGCUGAUGGGCGAGCGAGGUGAGAUCGGACUAUCAGGAAAACAAGGUUACCCCGGAGCACCUGGAGCUCCAUGCCAAACGCAAGAUUACUUAACUGGUACUUUAUUGGUAAAGCACAGCCAAAGCGCAGAAAUACCAGAGUGUGAUCAAGGGCAUGUUAAAUUAUGGGAUGGAUAUUCUUUACUCUACAUUGAUGGUAAUGAGAAAGCGCAUAAUCAAGAUUUGGGCUAUGCGGGUUCUUGCGUGAGAAAGUUCAGCACCAUGCCGUUCCUAUUCUGUGACUUAAACGAUGUAUGUAAUUAUGCCAGCCGAAACGAUCGAAGCUAUUGGUUGUCUACUGGUGAAGCGAUUCCCAUGAUGCCUGUGGAAGGAAAUGAAAUCGCGAAAUAUAUAUCCAGAUGUUCAGUCUGUGAGGUGCCCGCUAACGUCAUUGCUAUACACAGUCAAACCUUAGACAUUCCGGCGUGCCCCGGAGGAUGGAGUGAACUAUGGAUUGGAUACAGUUUUGUCAUGCAUACUGGCGCCGGUGGGCAAGGCGGUGGCCAAGCUCUGGCUAGCCCUGGCUCGUGUCUGCAGGACUUCCGUGCGACGCCGUUCAUCGAGUGCAACGGCGAAGGCGGAACUUGCCAACACUUUGCAAACAAGCUCAGUUUCUGGCUGACAACUAUAGAGGACAAUCAACAAUUUGCUAGCCCCAGACGGUCUACACUUAAAUCUGGAAGAUUACUUGAGCUUGUCUCCCGAUGCACUGUAUGCAUCAAAAACACUUAACAUAAUCGUUGCCAGCUUGUAAAAAUUUAUAUUAUAAAACAUUUUUUAAUUCAGACGCACAGGAAAAACUAUUUCUAACGUAACUUUCAGAUCCCACAUCUAAAAUAGUUCUCCAUUUAAGUACAUAGUAUUUUUACUUAUUUUUUAUUAAAAAGACUAGCUCAUCUCCGUUCUUAAAGGCCACGAAGCUACCUGCUAAAAAUUGUGUCAUAUUAGUCCAUUAAGUACACCAAAGCAAUUAUUCUAAGACAAAAUUAUAAGUUAAGGAUAUUUAAUUAAAUAAUUACCUAAUUAACUUACGUAUUAUAAUAAAUGAUAAUAUCCCGCAAAAUAUAGCAAAAUGAUGAAGCAUACACACAAGUAGAAAAUGAUUAAUUAUCGAAAUUAAAUUGUCCUUAAGUUAAGUAACUUCACUAGUCACAGUAAAAUUCAUAUAAGAACUUACGUUACUAUUACUAAGGUAAUAAAAAUAAAUUGUAUAUAUUAAACAAGUUGAAGUUUUGACUUAAGUUUAAGCGAGCAGUUUAUACUGGUACAUAUAAAAUUAUAUGAAAGUCCUAUACGAUCUAAUAAUUAUGCUUCAUUUUCUAUCACAUUACGUCAAUUGGGUAGUGGUGAGGAUAUUGAAUAAGCACUGCCAUUGUAGAUAAAUAAAUGUUAUAGCUCAAUCACAUCUUGUUUUGAUGUCGACAUUUUAUAAACAUAGUUGCCGUUAUCUAUUGUAUAUGUUAUCAUAUUAUUAUUUUAAAAUUUGUACAAUAACUUACUAGAUGUGAUUAAGCCAUAAUUGGAAAAUACUUAAGUUGAAUGAACUCUAAUAAAUAACUUCAAAAGUUUGAAA